GCGCAAAGCUCUGGAGCUGCUGCGCAACCCGGACAGGUUUCAGUCUCCUGCGCGCCAGGGAUGGAGCAGCGGACGAUACCUGGGUUGCUGCCGCUGCUGCUGCUGCUUUUGCUGCCGCCGGCCGGCCGGGCGACGGUGUGCGAGGGCGAGGGCCGUUGGCCGGUUCCCUACAGGCGCUUCGAUCGCCGUCCCCGGCCGGAUCCCUUUUGCCAGGCUCGGUACACCUUCUGCCCCAGCGGCUCUGCCCUUCCGGAGAUGCGGGAGACGGACGUCCUGGCCGUGUAUCGCUUGCAGGCUCCCGUUUGGGAGUUCAAGUACGGAGGGCUUCUGGGCCACCUGAAAAUUAUGCACGAUGCCGUGGGCUUCCGAAGCUCCUUGACUGGGAAGAACUAUACAAUGGAGUGGUACGAGCUGUUCCAGCUUGGCAACUGUACCUUCCCACACCUGCGGCCUGAGAACCCCGCCCCCUUCUGGUGCAACCAGGGUGCGGCCUGUUUCUAUGAAGGGAUUGAUGAUGCCCAUUGGAAGGAAAAUGGCACCCUGGUCCAGGUGACUACAAUUUCAGGAGCUGUAUUCAAUCAAAUGGCAAAAUGGGUGGACUACGACAACAAAACUGGCAUUUACUAUGAAACCUGGAUGGUCAAAAGCAGCCCAGAAAAAAAUUCCCGUGUCUGGUUUGAAGCUUAUGAAUGCUCCAAAUUCGUACUACGGACUUACCAGAAGCUGGCUGAGCUGGGCGCCGUUUUCAAGAAGAUGCAAACAAAUUACACAACCAUUACUCUCUUCAGCGGAGAGCCUGCUUGCCUGGGCAAUGAGACGACGCUCUUUGGACCGCUGGGAAACAAAUCCUUGGCGUUGGCUAUUAGGAAUUUCUACUUGCCCUUCAAACCGUAUCACUCGGUGAAGGAGUUCUUCCUUAACCUAUUGAAGAUACUUGAGGAGGUAGUUCUGGAUCAUCGGUUUUACUUGUUUUAUAAUCUGGAAUAUUGGUUUUUGCCCAUGAAAUACCCUUACAUGAAAAUAGCAUAUGAAGAAAUCCCCUUGCCUAACUCAAAUGCUACUAAAUUCGAUGUGUAAUUCUUGCCUGUUUUAAGCCACUCUUGGUGGGCUGAGUCCCUUUGUAAGAUGGGACCCGUCUCGCCAAAUUCUGGUUUUGUGCGGCGUAAGGAACAGGAUGGUUUUAACUGGGUCUUUAAUUUACCCGUAUUACAGUCUGUUUCAGUGGACUCAAGCUUUGAUGGAUAGCAGUGCGGUAGGAUCACAAGGGUGAAUGGCUGUGGAUGAUUGGAACUGUAAUCUAAUAGAGGUUGGGGAACAUCAGAUUAAGUUGCUAUAAUUGUGCAUUUCUCGAUGAAUGUCUUGAAUGGCACGUUUAUAGAACGCUGGAUGGAUCAAAAACAAAGGUGCCUUGAACCUGUAAGCAAUUUGUCCGACAAAAGUAAGCAAGCACUGAUGAUGUUACCUAGUUUGGUAAUGAAACGUCUGUAAGAAAACCACUAAGGCCAGAGAGCACUGAGGACCCCACAGAAAGUAAGCUAGUAAACCCCUGCAGGAGAAGACUGGAAGAUUGAUCCUAUGCCUGAAUAACUGCAUGUGGUAUUUAGGAAUAUAGAGAAUGGUACACAGGCCUUCCACACUUGAUACUCAGUUGAUCAGCAGUUAUCUGUUUCCCUAGAUGGGUACACAGAGGAUUGUAAACUUUGAUGUAUGUGUAGCCAUACAUCAGUAUUUGGUACGGAUUAAUAACUGCAUUCAGUGUUCCUCCUCCCACAUCCUAAGAACAGAACAGAAUAACAGAGUUGGAAGGGAUCUUAUAGGUCAUCUAGUCCCAUGAUGGUGAACCUAUGGCACGCAUGCCACAGGUGGCACGCGGAGGUGUAUCUGUGGGCACGCGAGCGUUGCCCUAGCUCAGCUCCAGCACGCAUGAUUUUCUGCCUUUCUGGGUCCACCAGAAGUCAGGAAAUGGGCUGUUUCCAGCCUCUAGGGGGCCUUCGGGGAGGUGGGGAAGGCAGUUUUCGCCCUCCCCAGGCUCCUAGAAACCUCUGGAGCCUGGGGAGGGCAAAAAACGGGCCUACCGGGCCCACUGUGCCAUUGCGUGCCAAAAGUGGGGGGAGCGCAGGAAGUCACGCGUGCAUGUGUGGCGCAUUGAAUUAUGGGUGUGGGCACACGCGCAACCCCCCCCGCGCUUCCCCCCUACUACAACAUUUGUGACAGAUGGCAGUCCAAUCUCUUCUUGAACCUGAGAUCCAAACUUUAGCAAGCCCAGCACAGCAAUCCUGAGCCCUUGGAAAAUGUGCAGUUUCUGCAGUAUGUCUUGGGCGAUGAAGAAGAAAAAGCUGAAUUAGAUUUAGUGCCUCCAUCCCCGUUCAGAAUUUUCCUGUCCGGUUCUGACAACCACAAAUACAUCCCAGCUGUGGUGAAUCUGAUGGCCAUGAAGAAACCUGGGUGCCUUAACUGCUUGCCAGAUGCCACUGGGCACAAGGGCUACAUUUCCAAGCUUUGCCAAGUCUUUUAACUUUUUUUCUGAUAAGAGCCAAGGGAUCUGUGGGACUCCUUUUUCAAACUGGACAGAUGUGAAGUCUAUUUUUGUGGGAAAAUGAUUGCAAAAAACAAUCGUUCUUUGGAAGAACAUCAUUCCAAUGUUCUUUGGGAAUAUUUUUCACAAUACUUUUGUAUUAAGCAUCAUUCCAGAUUUCAAAGCUUAUUUUUUUUGAUAGCUGUUCCAGAAGAAGACUGUUGAGCGCAGCCUUUCCUUCACAUCAGAUGGAAACUGAGAGUACCCUCUCUCUACUGCUCAGAACCAGGAACUAUUAUUUGUUAUUGGAAACAUGGGAAGCCCUCAUUUAGCAACUGGACUUCUCAACUUAGUCGUUAAGUGAAACAGUCGCUAAGUGAAAUAACUCUGCUGAUCUUCAGCUUUCCUUUAGAGGCCCAAGAAAAUUAUAAAUGUGAGGACUGGUUGUAGAGUUACUUUUUCAUCAUCAUCAUAAUUACAAAUGGUCGCUAAACAAGGCUGUCGCUAAAGCAAGGACUAUUUUGUACAGGCUGGUAGCCGACACAGAUUAAAUCGUUCUUUGAUCGUGAAAAAUAAAUGGCUUCAAGAUA